AUGCUCCGAACAGUCCGACUAGCCAAGGUCUCUCGACCUCUCACCCUUCGAACCUUCUCCACCACCCCCGCCUUCCUCGGCAAGCGAGUCGAGAAGGACGCCUUUGGAGACAUUGAUGUCGACGACUCCCACUACUGGGGCGCCCAGACCCAGCGAUCUCUGCAGAACUUUGACAUUGGCGGAGAGAAGGCCAAGAUGCCCGAGCCCAUUGUCAAGGCCUUUGGCAUCCUCAAGAAGGCCGCUGCCACCGUCAACAUGAAGUACGGUCUGGACCCCAAGGUUGGCGAGGCCAUCCAGAAGGCUGCCCAGGAGGUCAUUGACGGCAAGCUUACCAAGGAUUUCCCCCUGGUUGUCUUCCAGACCGGUUCCGGUACCCAGUCCAACAUGAACUCCAACGAGGUCAUCUCCAACCGAGCCAUUGAGAUGCUCGGCGGAAAGCUCGGCUCCAAGUCCCCCGUGCACCCCAACGACCACGUCAACAUGUCCCAGUCUUCCAACGACACCUUCCCCACCGUCAUGCACAUUGCCGCCGUCAUGGAGAUCACCAAGAACCUGAUCCCCCAGCUGCAGCUGCUCGAGGAGUCCCUCGCCAAGAAGUCUGCAGAGUUCGACAAGAUUAUCAAGAUUGGCCGAACCCAUCUGCAGGACGCUACCCCCCUGACCCUCGGCCAGGAGUUCUCCGGCUACGUGACCCAGGUCAAGUACGGCAUUGAGCGAGUCAAGGACGUUCUUCCCCGACUCCGACACCUUGCCCAGGGAGGAACCGCCGUCGGUACCGGUCUUAACACCAAGAAGGGUUUCGACACUGCCGUCGCCGCUGAGGUCUCCAAGAUCACCGGCGAGGAGUUCUCCACCGCCCCCAACAAGUUUGAGGCUCUUGCCGCCCACGACGCCAUUGUCGAGGCCUCCGGUGCCCUCAACACCGUUGCCGUGUCUCUGUUCAAGAUUGCCAACGAUAUCCGAUACCUCGGUUCCGGUCCCCGAUGUGGCUACGGCGAGCUUGCUCUCCCCGAGAACGAGCCCGGUUCUUCCAUCAUGCCCGGUAAGGUCAACCCCACCCAGAACGAGGCUCUGACCAUGGUCUGCUGCCAGGUUUUCGGAAACAACUCCACUAUCACCUACGCCGGUGCCUCCGGUCAGUUCGAGCUGAACGUCUUCAAGCCCGUCAUGAUCGCCAACCUGCUCGAGUCCAUCCGACUCAUUGCUGAUGGAUCUCGAUCUUUCCGAAUCCACUGUGUCGACGGCAUUGUCGCCAACGAGAAGCGAAUCUCCCAGCUCAUGAACGAGUCUCUCAUGCUGGUCACCGCCCUCAACCCCAAGAUUGGCUACGACAUGGCCUCCAAGGUCGCCAAGAACGCCCACAAGAAGGGAAUCACUCUUAAGGAGUCUGCCCUCGAGCUCGGCGCUCUCACCUCUGAGGAGUUUGACCAGUGGGUCCGACCCGAGAAGAUGAUUGGCCCCUCUGACUAA